AUUUGGAAAUAAUCAUUCACAAUAGUAUGUAAACAAACAAAAUCAGGCGAAUUUAUAGAAUUAACUCGCUGCAAACAAAAUUUAUUAUUUGUAAAUUAUAAAUUUGUUAUUUGUUUAACGAAAAUUGCAUGAAAUUAUUAAAUAUAAACAAUUAAGUUAACAUGUCCCACGAUUUGUGUUCACCUUUUCAUUGUAACAUUUGUUUAAUGUUAAAAAGUCAUCAAACUCCAGAGGAUGGGAAAUAUUCGAAAUCACAGGAUAAUUUAAGUUUCUGCCAGUUAUUAUGUUGUUCAGGUUGUCAAUUGAUAAGAUAUUGCAAUCGGCAACAUCAAAAGCUAGACUGGCCACUUCAUGGAGAAUUUUGUCAAGCGGUGCAGAAAAUAAAACAAAAUUUAAAUAUUAAACAUCCAUUCCUUAUCAAUGGACAACCAAAAACUCUAGAGGAACUAGAAAAAUGUAUAGUGCAAUUAAAGUAUUUGUUAAAAAAUGCCUUGGGUAGAAGUUUGGAGUUUCAAGAGGAAGAGUUAAGCUCUUUCCCUGUCUUUUGUGGUCAAUGUUUCAAGUUUAAACAACUUAAAAUAGUUUGUCCGGAUUGUAACAGCCAGGUCUACUGUACGGAACAGCAUAGAGAGGAGCACAAAGAAAAGCAUGCUAAAUUUUGUAAUUUAUUAAAGAUUUACUAUUGUCCCUUUAAAGUCCAGCCGGCCAAAGAGGACUUGUGUUUGAUUCAAAAUUGUAAAAUAACUGAAUUAGCUGAUAUGGAUCUGUUACAAUGUUUUGAAAAAGUAUUUGCCUUAAAAUUGCCUUCAGACCCCACCAAAAGUUUAAAAAAUUAUCAGUUAUUUGCCUGGGCUGCGGAUUUUAGUUGUAUUAUGUCUAUUUGUUAUGCUAUCAACCAUUUGGAUAAGUUGUUUACAAAUUUAACAAAAUUUACCAUAUUUAUAUUGGGAGCCAGCAUAGAGCCGGUUUUAUGGUUUCGUGAAAUACACUGUAAAAUGUUUUUUCUGCAAAAUCCACAAAUUUCAGAACUGGUAUUGGAAUUUAUAGGACCAGAGGUAGUGGAACCUGCUGAAAAUAGUUUAAAAUUCAAUUUACUGGGUAAGGAACGCAUCGUCCGCUUCAAAAUCUUCAAUGGUCUUUUUCAAGAUUAUUGUAAAUACUAUCAGGUUAAACCCUCUCUGAUGGUAGCAUUUAAUUGUGGUUUUUCUGAGUUUUCUCAAUGCUACAACCUAACACCCACCAUAACUAGUUUAAAUGCACUGGAACCUUUGGAUCCGCCCACUAAUAAUAUCAAUGCCAAAGACACUUGGUUUCCUGGGCUCAUAGAAAUCUUACAAACCUUCGAUACACCCAUAGUUUUUACCUCCUUUACCGAGCAGGAAUCACAAUUUGAUUUUGCCGCUUUACAAAAUGCUGCUCAAAAACAAAGUUUAAAAGUUCACAUUGAUCGUCUGUUUAAGGUAGCGAAAAAUCCUUUUCAUGAUCUUCGUCCUUUAAGACAGUGGUAUACACGUGACAAGGAAGAGUUUUACUAUCGCAAUGGUUAUAUACAGGCUAUACGCACCAGAUUGCAAAAGUAAGUUUAAUUUUGUUUAUUUGAGUUUAAAUUAUGUUUUUUUAUUAUUGCUUUUUACAAAGCAAUUGUGUAUUGUGUUAUUGUUCGAUUUAUUUCGCAUAUAGUUAA